AUGGCCUCCCCAGGCUACUCCCCCCUCGCUGAAGAAAUCGACCGCAUCCUCACCUCUCCCUACCCAACCCAACUCCUCACCCUCCGCGACAUCGCCACUACCCAAUGCAGCGACGCCGACAUCUCGCACUGGGCCUCCGCAAAGCCGUGCCUCAUCGACGGCCUCGCAUCCGCGUUGCUCGAAGGCCUGCAGCACUGGAGCUACGUCCUCGACAUCAUCGCGAAAUUCGCCCUAAACGCUGCGUGUCGGGAUGCGUUUCUGCAGCAGGAGCCGACGUUGCUGCACAGCGUCGUCGCGCAGGCUGUCAAGGCGGGGGAUGCGAGGGAGAGGAAUGUGCGUGUGAGCGUUGCGUUGCUGGCGAGGCGGUUACCCUCGACGGUGGCGCUGCCGGCGGAGGUGCAGGCGCUGUUUGUGCAGUUGGUGGAGGAGGCGGCGAGGCGGCCUUCGAGCGCGACGAUCGAGCCGGUGUAUCGCUUGCUCACCGGGACGGGGAACUUGCUGCUGGGGAUUCUGAGUCCGUAUGUGGCGGUGCGGUUCGAGGAGCAUUUACUCGAUAUUCUCAAGAAUGGGUCGGGGCCGAAUGAUCAGGGCCUGGGGCUGUACUGCUUGUCGAUCAUGAAUGUCGUUUGCUGCUCGAUGGAUCCGGAGUUCAGACUCACGGCGAGUUCGUAUCAUAGUGAGGAUUUUCUGGCUAGCACGCCGACGAGCUCGAGGUGGAAGGCGGAGGCGAUGCAGCAGUUCUUCACGGGGUCGAAGGCGCAGAGGAGUUUGCAUCUCCUGGCGCUGGUGACGAUUUGGGCGAUCAAUAAGAGCUCCCUCGAGGCGACGGGCGAGAAGGUCAGGUGUUUGGUGCUGGUCAAUGAGGUCGUCACGGCGAUUCCGGUGGAUUUGAGGAAGAAUUGGUGUACCGCCAACCCAGUCAUGGUGCGCAAGUUGCAGGAGAAGCUAUGUGCGGAGAAUCAAGACGAGACGAUCAAGACGCUUGCGUUGCGGUUUAUGGGCAAGCUCUACGAUUUGGACUCGUUACCUCAUCCGGUGCUGGAGAGCAUUGAGAUGACUUUUCUGGAGCCGAGGGGUGUGCAGAUUGCGCAUACGCUUUGUCCGCAUGUCAAUGACUGCGAGCUGUUCGCCAAUGUUCUCGCACGAGCUCCUAUCAGCCUGCUGCUGAAGAACGCCGUCGACUAUGCCACUCAAGCCGAUUCGACAGAUCUUGCCUCAGGGUUGGCGGCGGUGACUCGUACGCUGCGAGAUGCCUUGACGAUCAUCGAGGAGCAGAAGAUCACUGGACAUGAAAUCCGCGCGACGCUGAACGAGCCUUCGUUCGCUCAGGCCUUGCAGUGCCUCAAAGAUUUGGUCGAGCAGCCUCCAGACCAGCAUGCAGCACCCCAGAACAGCGGCUGGUGCACGAAAGCCUUGCAUCGAAUGCGCUCUAAUCUAGCGCAUCAGAUCAGCGACUUGCUUCUCCGAGCGUGCAAUAGCUCGUCCAUGAGUCCCGGUUCCAUGACAUUGUUGCUGAAUCUGCACGCCUCUUCAGCCCGUGGAGAUCUCCAGUGCAACCACGAGAGACCUUUAUGGCGAGACCCUAUUCCAAUCGUCGAUCCCGCAGACGAGGAUGUUCCUGAUGAGAUGGACUGGAGGGAGGCUCUGCACACACAUUUCAAGGCCAGAGCUCAAGUCGAGCAAGACGCUGUGUCGAGGCUUUUCGCCAAAGCAUGCGCCAGUCUAGAAGCACGCUGCGAGAAUGUCGAGAAGCCUUUACGUGAAGAGCGAGAGAAGCGCUGUGCCGUCGAGAAUCAGAACGAAGAACUCACACAGGCUCUCGCACAGCUCGAAGCCCAGAACAUGGACCACAUCCUCCGCACUCGCGACCUGGAAGAAGAACGCGACCAGUACGUGCAGAGUCUGGAAGACAGCAAAGACGAGAACCAAUCCCUCCUUCAGAGGAUCUCUACCCUCGAACAGAAAUUGCGAGACGCGCAGGCCCAGAGCGAGAAACAACUCGCGGAGAUCCGCAGUGCGAAGCAGAUUAGUGAAUUGGAUACUGCGUCGAUGAUUGCGAGGAAGCAGGAGGAACUUGAGGAUUUGCGGGAGGACUAUGAUCAGGCUGUGCGAGUUGCGGAGACGAAGGAGCGGGAGAAGGUCGUUGUUGAGAGGGAACUUGCGGGUGGGAGGGUGGAGGUGGAGAGGUUGAAGGAGGAGGUGGAGAGUGGCAAUGGCAAGGUCAAGGCGUUGCAGGGGACUGCUGAGGUGAUGGAGUAUAAGAUCAAGCGUCUGGAAGCUGAGAAGGCUUCGGUGCUCGAUGAACUCAACGCGACCAACGAUAAGCUCGCAUGCAAAGUGGACGAAAUCUCGGAUCUUGAGGAUCAAUUGCAAAAUGCCCGGACUGAACACGAGGACUCGAAAGCAUCACUGGCGCGAGAAACCUCCCACCUCUCAGCCCUCCGAGCAGAGCACAUCGAACUCGAACGCUUAGCCAGAGACCAAGAAACCACCAUCAAAACCCUCGAAAGCCAAACCUCAGCCUACCAAGAGGAACUCAAAACCACCACCCACACCCACACCACCGCCCUCGCCACCCUCAACACCAAACUCCACGACCUCCAAUCAAAAACCGACCGCCUCCGGAGGAAAUGUCUCCAGAAAGACCAGCAGAUCGCCGAAGCGGAAGCCAUGCGCGCGAACCUCCUGACCGCGAUGGGGUUGUCGAAGGACCAGGGACGGGUUCUGGUGCAUCGCUCGCGGGACUCGUUGGCGCAGACGCAGGAGUGCACGCCGCCUACGCCGACUUCGGAGGAGCGUGUGGAUGGCGAUGUUGAUGGAGGGAACGGCUCUUUUGUGUCGAAUGCUUCGUCGCAGGAGUCGCGCUCGGGACCUACGCCCAAACGGGUCCGGCCGAGGAAGUCUUUUGCGGUGGCGCCUGCGACGGCGGGGAGGAUGAGGGCGAGUGUUGGCGGAGGUGGGGCGGGGGGUGGUGGCGGGAAGGGCAGUCAGUGGACUGCGGCGAGGAGGCAGACGUUGGGGGCUGUUAGUGGGAAUCGGGUGGUGGCUGGGGCGAAGACGCCUGUCAAGGGGAAGGUUGUGAGGAUGGAGGAUGGGGAGAUUGGUGGGGAGGAGGAGACGACGUUUGAUGGGAGUGAGUUGUUUGCGGGGACGCAGGGGGUGAGGAAGGUGGGGGAGUUUGGGGAGGAGUAG